AUGAAAAACGAAGACACUUCAUUUUUUUUAAAUGAUAGCAUCUAUGAAGAGUCACCAGAUACUGGUGGUUUAGAGGAUUGUGAAUAUGUUGAGGAUGACCACCUUUGUUAUUUCAAAAUACUUAAAUUAUUAGGAACCGGUUCAAGUUCAAAAGUAGUGCUAGGGGUAAAUACCCUUAACAAUGAACAUGUAGCUAUAAAAAUCAUAAAACGAAAACAUGAACAAGAAUUUAAAAAACAUGACUUUAGAAUAUUUCGCGAAGUCAUAAUGUCUUCUAUGAUAAAUCAUCCAUAUGUUGUUAGGCUUAAAAAUUUUAUGUUUAGUACAUCUUAUUAUUUUCUUAUCUUUGAAUACAUUAAUGGUAAACAGUUAUACGACGUGAUUGUAGAUGAAGGAUAUUUGGAUGAAAAAGUUGCUCGUCGUUACUUUAGACAAAUUCUGUCUGCAAUAGAUUACAUUCAUAAAAACAGUAUAGUACAUAGAGACCUUAAAAUAGAAAACAUUCUUUUAGAUGAAAAUGAUAACAUAAAAAUUAUUGACUUUGGUCUAUCAAAUUUCUACGAUAGUAAAAUGUUAUUAAACACUUUUUGUGGUUCUUUAUAUUUCGCAGCACCUGAACUUCUUCAAGGUAAAAGGUAUUGUGGACCUGAAAUCGAUGUUUGGAGUCUUGGUGUUAUAUUAUUCGUUUUGUUAAACGGGUCUGUACCUUUUGAUGAUAAAGAUGUAGGACAUUUACAGGAUAAAAUAAAAGAUGGAAAAUUUAAAUUUGAAAUAAAUAUUUCAGAAAAUGCAAAAAAGUUAAUAAAAAAUAUGCUUCAAUCUGAUCCAUUGCAAAGAAUAAAUUUACAACAAAUUAUUGAUAAUAAAUGGAUCAAUGAUGGAUUUGACAUUCCUAUACAUAACUAUUUAUUAGAAAGAUAUCCCCUUAAAAAUAUUAACAAGUCACAUUUAAAAGCACUUGCAUCAAUAUCGAAAUUUCAAUUUAAAAACCUUGAAAGAGAAAUAUUGAAAUAUCAUAAUAUUUGCAUAAAUGAAGAAAAUCUUACAGAACUAAAUUAUUGGAUUAAAAGACCAGUUAUUUGUUUGUAUUAUAUGUUAUUAGAAAUAUUCGAAGAUGAUUCGUCGAAUGAAAGUUUGACUGAUUUACUUUUAGAACUUGAGGAAGAAAAUAUUUCUAAUGAAAUUUCAUUUUCUGACGAAAAAGAUAAAUUUUUGUAUAAAUUACAUAAAUUUGUAAAUUAUGUUAUUCUAAAAGAUGUUGGUUCUCCUUGUUCUAAAUUUUACAAAAAAACGGUAUUUAAAAAUGCUAAUAUUGUAGAACAAAAAGCAGGAACUUAUCCUUUAAUUAAAAAUACAUACAUACAAGGAUUCUUUAAAGGAAUAAAGAUUAGAAAUAUAGGAACAAAAAAUGCACUUAAAAAGAUAAUACUCGAUAUUUUAAAUGAGAAUAGCUUUAAAUUUAAAACAAAUAAGAAAUAUUACAUGUGUGAUGUUCAAUAUAAUACUAAUAGUUAUGUAUCCUUUAAAAUAAGUAUGUAUUUUAAUGUAAUAUUAAGCGAAUUUUAUAUUAACAUUACAUAUAUUGAUGGUAAAAAAGAAGAGUAUAAUAAUAUUUAUUCAUUGAUUUACAAUUCUUUAAAAGAACAAAGGGUCUUAUAA